AUGCUUAUUAUUGGUUAUCUAACUCUGGCUGAAAUCACAAAUAGAUUAAAGUUUCCGUUCCCCAAAAAUUAUCACGAUCAGGCCGGUGUCCUGGACGAGGUAGAGAUCAAAGUGGAAAACGACGCCGCAUUGGGUACCGACCCUUUGGGAGACGUGGAGCAAUUUUUGACCAAACACAGUGACAAAUUUAGUACCGCUUGUGACCCCGAGAGGAUCUCAUUCUUACAAAAAUCUGACCACGAGACUGUAAUAAAAUCACGACGAAAACGGAGACGCGACGAUUCUCCGCCUCCGCCACCAAGUGACCUUAAACUGAAUCGUAUUCCUGAACCUCGAACGUACUCUAGAAAACGUACAAAACCCACAAAUCACGAUAUCGCUUCGUCCUCCUCCACGUCCAUCGUGCGAGAAAACGAAGUCGUGGACGAGGUAUUUGAGGUCAAGGUUGAAGAUCCCGACGAACUUGACAAUAACAACGAAGAAAUUUUCUGGCAAUCAAAAACACCUCAGGAAUCGCCCCCUCCGGAAGUAAAAACCCAAGGUAGAAGGCCUAAGGUCAUUCUUACUGAAGAUCUGAUCGCUUUUCCAACGAAAACCGUUCGUGCCGCGAUCGAGCUGUUUCCGUCACGAGUUAUGUCUUGCGUACAAGCCCAUGGACGAAAUCUUGAAAAAGAAGUCAUGAUUUCUAAACAAUAUAAAUACUUUGUAAAUCCGUAAAAAUUUC